ACAGCCCUACCCAUGCUAUUAAUCCGCCACGUAUAUUCUAGCUGGUACCGUCGCCACAAGGCGGCCAAUUGUUUAGCCUUAUCCUCAUCGUAGAUUUUGGCCAGCUCAUGAGCUAUCGACUCGGUAGACAGUAACGUCCCAUAUAGGUCAAACGCAAUAGCUGUCUUCUUAGCUGCCAUUAAGAACCGUGUCCGUUAUGGAGUUUCCCGGGGAAUGAGUCAAUUGGCGAAAGAAGACGGCACGCUCACUCUAUACCUCACCCAAGAUUUGUUGAUGGGAUCUCAUACGCUUUGUCAUCGUCAUGAGUUGUCAUGAGCUAUAUAUUCGCCGGUUCAUGCGGGGUAGCUAUAUACUGGAUUGGGAUAGAUAUAGGAGUUAAUAUAGGAGUUAAUAAAUCGGGCAUCACCGCGUAUAUACUUCGGAUUCAUUAUACCAAGACCCCUCUUACAUCCCUUAUAUAGACGUGCAUCUCUAUUCUAUAAUUUAUUACUCUUAUAUACAGAUCUCGACUUUAUAAAUACAGCAUAACUACUGGAUAAUCUCAGAUAAAAUGCCAACAUGACAUCACUACCAGAAGACCAGCAAAGAAAUUACGAGAUCUUCCGGGACUGUCUCUCGACCGCACUUAUAGAGAAGAUCUCCCGUCCCGAGCCAAAGUCAAAACGGGGAUCCAAGUCCAAGAAAGCCACAUCUUCUUCUUCCCCAGCGUCAACGCAAUACAUCGCCACCGAGACCUUCUGCGCCCUCCCCUCACAACUCAAAACCAUCGAUUACCACGAAUACACCCAAGACGCCACGCUCCAAGCCCGCUUCGCCCACCACCUCCCCCCUCUCCGCAUACACCGUUACCCGCGAACCCGCCCAAGGCCCCGACGAAUUCCUCGCCCCGAUCCUAACAGCCUUCCUCGUAGCCCUAGGGGGCUUGUCAAGCCCUUGAUUAGGGCCGGGGGGGUAGAGGCAGAAUAGGAAUCUGGUUUAUGGCUUGUAUAUACCAACUUGUAAUGUUGAACAUACCCGAUGUAAUGUCGAUUUCUACUUAGUAGCAAAGAAAGAAUAUCCGAGAAUCCAGAGUAAUGGGAUGGUCCUGAUAAUCAAGGGGUAUAUGAUGUACUUGUUACCCAAGCAAUGUUGAGCACUCAUAUGGCAUAUACGUGGCUUAGAUGAUAUAUUAAGAGAAAGCUUAC